GUUAACUUAUUAUAAUGGAGGUGGCUUGUAUAUGUUUAAUAAUUUAUGGAUUUAGGGUUUAUAGCUACUUAGCUUGAAGGAAAAAAAUCGACGAUUUAUUUGAAGAAAUUAGAUUAUUUUUUUGUAUAUUUUCACUUGUAAAUUAUUUUCUUGUGAUUAUCAAAAUAUUUUCUUGGAAGAACCUUUCCAAAAUUAAAAUCUAAUUAUCAAUUAAAAUUUAAUCGUCCUUGCAAUAUAAUGAUCUGAUUUAGAAUUACCAUUACUUCAUCCAUUUCUACUCUUUAAUUUAUCCUUAUAAUCGUCAUCAUUUAUUUUCAAAAAUACUAAACAUACAAACAAACCAUAUAACCUUUUAAGUUUCUAUACAUGUGAUACACUAAAAAAACAAGGAUGGGCUCUCCAAAACACACCCCAUAUCAUACUAUCUUUUCAAAUUACGAGAAACGCAUUAUUAAUCUGGCCAGAGAAAGUAAAAAAGUGUCCCUAGCUAUAUUUUCCCCCAAUGUUAUUUAGUUUUUUUUACAUCGUAUUAAUUAUUUGUUAAUGUGAAAGAUCCCUUAUAGUCGUCAUCUUGAGAAUGUAUUUUUCCUUAUAGUCCGUCCGCUUCGCCUGCCACAUUCCGUAUCACUAAAUCCCAGACCGCAAGCAAACAGUUCACUGGAGUUGUAUUCAUUGGCUCUUGCUGGCCUAGGUUAAACGGCGGGCAUUGCAAAAUGGCCGAUUCCACCGAUGACAGCAUUCUUCUACUUCUACCGGCCGCAAAAUGGACCAUCAUGCGACCUUACAGGUAGUCCAAAGGUCUAAUGAAACGAAACCCUCCUCUCUAGCUAUCUAUAAAUUCUGCUGCUGUUUCCCACAGGACGUCGAUCCAAACAUAUAUAGAGAUACAGAUAGUACAACGCGAGAUUCAAAACACAUAUAUAGAGAGAGAGAGACUAGUUGUGAUGGAUCGACGGGCAGCAUCGCCGGCGUUAGUACUACUAGUGACCGCCGUCAUCUUCAUUUUCCUGACGAGGGACGUCGUCGUCGGCGGCGGCGGCCACGACGGUUCAUGCACAGGUGGCCAAAUCAGCGACGAUGGGACUCACGCGGCGUACGUGGCACACGUGCUGUCGGAGCUGGCGACGGUUACGCCGACCACACCUAAGCUUUCGGACAUCACAGUUUUCCCCGGAAACGGCGUCAGUGGUUCCGUCCUGGGCGCGGCGGCGUGUUUCGCUCCCAGUGACGCUGGCGUUUGCGCAAGCUGCCUCUCGGAGCUUCAACCGCUGCUUUUCGGCUCCUGCGGUACUUGGUCCGUCGGCUACAUUGAAAAAGUGUCCGUUUGCGCCAUGGGUUUCAGAUCGGGUUAACAGUACGCAUGCAGCUAUACGAGUUACUGAAAACAUAUUUGGAGCGUAAGAAUAAGAUUUGUACCGGACUAUUUCAGUAUUUUGGGUGAUCUGUGUGUGUCCAUUUUAUGAAGGUGAAAUGGUACUUAUACUGUCCACUUUUGUAAUCGGUUGGGGUAUAACCUUGUGUUUUUUUCUUCUUCUUUUUUUACAGUCUGGGAACAACCUUGUUGAUAGCGGUUUCGAUCCGUUUUAUCGGGUGGAUGAAUAAUACAAUCAAUACCUAUUGCAGUGGUAGAGGGCAUUUAAAAUUAUCACCGUCGAAGCGUCGACCCAAAAUUUCUCUCAUUUGACAGGUGGUGUCGCGUUAAGAGAUAGUUUAAUGAUUAUGCUGCGAGCAGCUCGGCUCAUUUGCGGCUCUAAUUGUAAGUUGUAACAGGUUGUUUCUUGUUAUUACAAAAAUUAAUAAUUUCUAUAAGAAUCCAAGAAAUCACGCGGAAAUGAAAUUGAGCAUCUCCA